AUGCAGUCGAAAAGUCUAUUUGCGUUGCUUGCGGGGCUCACUCUCGCCUCUGCCUCCCCUCUGCGACGAAGGUGUAGCAACAGUACGGUUCCGACCCCUACCAACCCGGUUAAUUCCACCUCUGCAGUUGCUACUCCCACGUUACCUACUACGGGCUCUGGAACCCAACUUGAUGGCCCCGGGUCAGCCACGCUGAAGCAUAUCCUCGUAGGUCAUGGUAUCCAAAACUACACCUGCAGCGCUGCGGGGGCGACAGCCUCUUCCGUUGGAGCUCUAGCCGUAGUUUGGGAUAUCACUGAUCUGUACCCCGGCUCCUCCUCGUCUUCUCUCUCCGCAGACGACUUCAACUUGCUCACAUCCAGAGUUCUACGGACAACAAACAUUCCGUUAAAUAUGGCAGUCGAUGGUAGCGUUGGGGCCGUCGUGGCUUCUCCCUUUCCAGAUCCGGUAGACCUAGUCAUCGAAGGUAUCACGAGCACGGUCAAAUUCAUGGGUCACCAUUUCUUCGACAUCAAUGGGACGCCUACGUUUGACCUUUCUGGGGCAGAUGAUGGCGAAUAUUUCAAAGGCAAGAAGGACGCGAAUAUAUCCGCGCCAAGUGAUGCCGACAAAGGGGCAGACCCGACUACCGGUGCAGUGGACUGGCUCCGGCUCAGCGACAAGGGGACGAGUACUGGCAUUAGUCUUGUAUACCGCGUGCUGACGGCCGGUGGAAACCCUGAGACUUGUACGGAUGUCGGACAGACCCAGAGCGUACCGUACACCGCUCAAUAUUGGAUCUAUUCAAACUAA